GGAAUAAUCGAUGCAAAAACCGAUUUUACUGAAUCAAUAAAAUCGAUGUUGUCAAACAUCGAAUCGAAAAGAUCAGAUGCCAAAAAAUCGAUUUUUCAAGCUGAAAAAAUCGAUUCCUACAUAAAAGAACAAAACAAAAAAAAGUUCAGUCGUCAUUUCGUGAAUAGAGGAAAAGUUUUUCGUAUAUUAUUUAUUUAUUUUAGUAAAUCAGGAUCAAAUAUCAACAUUUUUUGUUUAUCUCGAACUUAAGGUUUCGCUGGAUUUGUCCUUGUUAUAUCAACAACGCAUUCUUUUAUGUAACUUGAGCAGUGAGACACGGGCUUCGGGACAAUUGUGCAAAGUGUUGUUUAUAUUGAGCAGUUUGCGUUAUCAGCUAAAAAAGAAAGGAGGCAGCUUAAGUAAAGUACAUCAAGAAACGCGAGAACCGUCGACCAGCUGCAAGAUGAUACCUAGUAAAAAGAGUUUAUAGUAGCUGCACUGCGCUUAUCGCUGAUGGUUCUCUUCCGAAGCUUACUCUUAUUUUUUUUCUGUGGGGUGAAUGCUGACUACUCCGGUGCGUUUGAGUGGUAUUGGAGUCCAGCUGUGGAAGUUGGUCUUAUUAAUCGAGUUUAAGGCACCAACCACAGUCCGGCAUUCGUUGUUUCCCUUCGAUUCAUGGCUAGUUCUAUGAACAACAAGACCCGUUUUCGUCGUAGAUUGGCUGCGAUUUCUUUUCUGUCCAACAUUUCUUUGGACGGUACUCACCGAGACACAAAGUUAGGACCGUUGCACGGUUCUGGGGCUGGAGCUAGUGCUGGUGGCAUUGAUUCAAACGUAAACAACAAUAAUGUGGGAGGCGUACGGACGGCAAACUUCGACGAUUCAUCGGAGGAUAACAUUGACGCACCUGGGACGGCUACGGACAACAAUUUUGAACAGUUUGAAUCCAACCUGAGUGGAGCUAAUGGAUCCGUGGCACAGACCGGUGCCGUGAGACGAAUCCGUGCCCGGACUGGCACAUUUGGUAAAAGCUCCGAUAGAAAUGCGUUUCAUCGGAUUGAUAGCGAAGGAAAUGUGGUAUAUAGCAAAAUAGCCUCAACCCCGUUGAAGGAUAGAGAAAAUGUAAAUCCCAAUGAUGGAGGUACUCAUUACAAUCCAACGGACAAAAGGGCUCGUGCCAAUUCCACUUCACUUCGGGCUGGGAGUGGUGGAGUCAAGAGAGCUUUGUUGAUGAACGCCAGCGGUGAUGACAGACGAGGAGCAGAGUUGCAUCACAAUAGCAGCACUGAAAGUUUAAUUCAAGGACGGCGAAACGUCACAAUCAACACUCCGGCAGCACGUGAAGUUAAAUUCAUAACGCCAGAACUCUGCCGCAAUCAUAACUAUCGCAACGAUCGCGUAAUUUUAACGUCUAAACGCGCACCUUGCUUUCUUUUCUCGGUGUUACCCAACUAUAAGAAUAAAUCUUCACGAAGUGAGACUCGUCGCGAGGGAAGACGGCGCAAUCCGUCCGGUACCAGACCACUGUCUUCUCUUAAUGACUUGCCGUUCGACGCAUUUCGACUACUCGGAAUUGAACGGGGAGGAGAACCAGGCCAGGAGGUAUCCUACGGACAUCUGCUGAUUCCUUCCCGGCAGUAUCAUCGAGAAAAGAAACAUGAAAAAGCAGCACGCAGCGGUUUUGAGAUUACGAACUUUGCAUCAUUGGAAAAUCACGCUGCGGCUCGGUACUAUAGCUAUGACAUGCACAAUCGAAACGCUACCGCCAGUCCUUCGCAGAAUAUGAGUAGCUUGGACAAGGGAGAUAUUGAUGAAGGAUUCACAUCCGUUUCUGGGUAUUCGCCUAACAUCCUAGACGACCCUGAAUUGAUCGCUGGAAAGCAUCGAACUUUACUAACGUUCACGUCGUAUAUGACAUCAGUGAUCGAUUACGUGCGUCCGUCAGACUUAAAGAAGGAACUAAACGAUAAGUUUCGCGAAAAGUUCCCUCACAUACAACUAACGCUGAGUAAACUGAGAAGCCUAAAACGCGAAAUGAAACGCAUCAACAAGCUAGACUCGAGAAUCGACUUCCUUACUAUUUCCCAAGCAUACGUUUAUUUCGAGAAGUUGAUUUUAUCCAAUUUAAUCAAUAAAGAGAACCGCAAACUUUGCGCCGGAGCCUGUCUUCUGCUCAGCGCCAAACUAAACGAUGUCAAAGGCGAAGUACUAAAAAGUUUGAUUGAGAAAACGGAGAGCUUGUUUCGUCUUAACCGCAAAGAGUUAAUUGCAUCGGAAUUCGCCGUGCUAGUUGCGCUCGAGUUUAGCCUUCACGUUCCAACCAGCGAAAUUCACCCACAUUACCAGCGUUUGCUGUACGAAUCAUGAGACCUAAUGGACACAUUCGCUUGGGAAUACUAUAUUUUGUCUAGUGGUAUUUUGUUUCCUCGCUUUAUAUUUUAACUGGUCGUUUGCUCUUUAAGCUCAUGAAAAUUGAAUUACGUAAUUUUUGAUUGGUUAUGUGGAGAAAAAUUUGAUUUAUCGCAUUAACUAGUGAAACCACAUAAUAAUGAAAUGUUUCUAAACGCCUAUUUGUUCCUUUCUUUAAUUCUAUUAUCAAUAAAAUAAUAAAUAUUCACGAA